AUGGGAGUCUGUUGGGGAACAGUCGGCUUCUUGCUGCUCUGCUUCCGUUUCCUGAAUGCCGCACCAGCGUCAAUAACAGCUAGUGCAACGUCAGCAAGACCACAGGCAGAGAACCAUAAAUCGGCUGACAACCCAAACAGUGUUGUGCAAAUUGAUUUCUCGCGCCAGUUGGACGACAUUGACAUCCCGACAUGUGCUCGUCAGCAACUCGUCCAUAUAACGCUCGCAGAUCGUGACGUCGCCUGUUUGCUUCCUCGGCGAUCGUCCACAGGGUUACAAAUGUUGGAUAGACUGCAGCAGUUUCUGUUAGACUCGCCGGAUGAGGAUCCGGAAAAAGUACUAAUUGAACCUGAGUCCCCUGAAGAAAAUCAACAAGACAAAGAGGAGUGCAGUUUGCCCACUCGCCUGUCGAAGGAACUUCACGUGGGAAGCCCAGAGCUUCAGAGUUACUUGCGGGCAGCGAGACUGCGGUGGCUACUGGAUAGAUGUUUCCGUUUUUCUGAUGUUGGGGUGAAAGACUGGCGAUAUGAACUUUGCAUUGGGAGAAAGAUAACGUAUUUCAAGAGCAAUGCUUUGUCAGGAAAGACCGUUGGAAAGAGUUUAUUUGAGUUGGGUACAUACGCCUCUUCUAUGGAUCAGCUAUGGGCCGACGGCACGAUGACACAAUGGUACACGGGGGGCACCGACGGACGUCGGACGGAAGUUCGUUUUGUGUGUGGCGAUACGCAUCCACGGGUGAAAGGCAUUUCCGGGCCGCAUGACGGAAAGUAUCGCGUGUGGUUGGAGGCACCCAUGUUUUGCGAUUACCGGGAGAGCGCGCCGAAUCCCCCCUUAACCGAGGCGCUAAUUCGAAGCCUUGAGGGUUGGUGCUCAACUUUCACGACCGACGACUGGUGGUCGUACGAAUACUGUCACCCUGAUAGUUUGGUAGAGUUUCACAAAGAGCCAAACGGGGAUAUUACGGGCCCGAUGCAUCUUUUGGGUAUGCUGCAUACGUAUGGCGAUGGGGCGGAAAUGAUGUUUAAGCGCCCAAACCCGGCAAACCCGACGCUUCGGGGCGCAGACAGUCUGCCCCCCAAAGCAAACGGGGCUCCUCGCUUCAAGUUUUUGCCUGUGGAGAUCAUCGAGAGACCGAAGCAAUUCUCCAAGAGUCCAAUUCCCGCCUCGAAUAAGGUCUUGGCAAUGCAACUGACGAACGGAACUGUAUGUGAAGGCACAGACGUGCAGCGCAGCACACGGGUUCUUUUUGAGUGCCCUGUGGACUUCCCCGUUCUCGCCAGCCACCGCAUCGUCCACAUCGAGGAGACUUCCUUCUGCACUUACGAACUCCUCAUUCAAACACCUCUCGUCUGCCCGCAUCCCCAACUGCUUCCCCCGCGACCUCUGGAUGCCCAGGCAGUCCUCGGGUACCCCGUCGGAGACCCUUUUGUAUACAACCCGGUCCCGGCUAGCUGGAAGGGUUUAGACGAGACAGACGAUGACACAGGCAAUACUGCAAACAAAGAGAAGCUCCAGAGGUCCAAACACCCCGUCAAUGCAAAGCUGGAGGCGGUACCCGAAGAGAUGAUAAAAUCUCUGCCAGACGGCGCAAGUUCGUUUUUCGGUUUAAAUUCGGACGUGCGUAGACGAAUAUCGGUGGAGGAGCCGCGAUUCCACAUUGGGGAAUUCGUGAGACAUCGCUGGUGGCAGUACACUGCGGUAGUGCUCUCUUGGGACGCCACUGGUAAAGCACCUGAGGACUGGUUCGACAGAGUGUACGUUAGGUACCCUCAAGCGCUGAAGGCCACCCCCCAUUAUCUUCUUAUGGUGCACAGCCCCAAAGACGGAGCUGGAGAUUGGCCCUUGUACUCUUACGUACCGGAGGCAGGACUAGAGUCCGCGUCUGGAGACGUUUCUGAGUUCAUUCACCAGGACAUGGCAUCUUUCUUUGAGGUGAGCAUUAGAUUUAUUGUGAACGCUUUCUUCUUGCGCUGCACUGAUUUGGUUGUCGACUAG